GAGAGAGAGACAGACAGACGGAGGGAGCAGGGGAAGGGCGAAGGAUUUGAUUUUUUUUUUUUUUUUUUUGCCUUCUCUCUCUUUUUUUUUUUCGCCGUUAAAUCUCCGUUAGAUGCUAGUUGGUGGCGAUGGUGUCGGACCAGGAGAUAGCGAGCUGCGUGGAGUCUCUCCUCCGGCAGUCGGGCCCCUACGCCAUCGCCUCCGUUAACGGCGUCGUCCGGGAGUUGGAGGCCAAACUCGGCCUCGACCUCUCCCACAAGGCCGGCUUCAUCCGCGACCAGAUCGACCUCCUCCUCGGCCCCCCCAAAGACCGUUUUGCUCUCCAAACCCCCCACCAAUUCCACCCCCAGGCCCAACCCCUCCACCACCCCCGCCCCCAAUUCCAGCCCCUGCCCCCGGCCUCCUCCUCCCCCUUCACCCAGCUCCUCCACCACCCAGAGCUCUCCUUCCGCUACCCCCCGGCGCCCCUCCCAGCCUCGGCGGCGGCCCAGCAGCAGCUCCGGCAGCAGCAGCAUCAGCAGCUGCAACAACAGCAGCAGCACCAGCCUCCGCUGCUGCCAGUGCCGGCAGCCCCGGAGCAUGCCGCGCCUUCCCAGAAAGAAAGUCUCAAUCUCUUGUUCGUACCCAAAAAGGCAAAAGGUGUUAGAUGGGCGAAGGCCACUCAUUUACUAACAACAAAAAGUGCUCCUGCUGGAGUUAAACGAAGAGGUGGACCAGGGGGUUUAAGCAAAGUUUGCGGUGUUUCACCUCAACUGCAGGCCAUCGUUGGUGAGCCGACUAUGGCAAGGACUCAGAUUGUGAAGCAGCUGUGGGCAUAUAUUCGUAAGAAUAAUCUCCAAGAUCCUAAUAACAAGAGGAAGAUCAUAUGCAAUGAUGAACUCCGUUUGGUUUUUGAGACUGAUUGUACUGACAUGUUCAAGAUGAAUAAGUUGUUAGCUAAGCAUAUAAUACCACUUGAAUCUACAAGAGAUCCUGGUCGAGACUCUAAAAAGUUAAAGACUACCGCUACAGAAGUGGUUUCUGCAACAGAACCUGAUGCUGAUCAAUAUUCGGUUGUUAUAUCUGAUGCACUGGCUAAUUUUUUUGGAACUGGUGAAAGGGAGAUGCUUCAAUCGGAGGCUUUGAGGCGUGUUUGGGAUUACAUAAAAAAUAACCAGCUGGAGGACCCUAUGAACACAAUGAUAAUUUUAUGUGACUCCAAACUUCAACAACUUUUUGAAUGCGAAAGCCUUUCUGCCUUGGGAUUAUCAGAGAUGUUGUCGCGCCAUUUGUUCAAGCGAUCCUAACACAUGCUGUUUACUGAUGAGCAAGUUCAGUGGCAUCUAGGCGAUCUAACAAUGUAACAGAUACUGAUGAAAAAAGAUCAUUUUGUUUAAUGUGUUUUGAUUGGUUGUAUUUUAUUAUGUUUAACAAAUUGUUUGUUUAUGGGCAAGAUGUAGUUUACUUUUUCAGUAGUGGCAAGAAAAUGAUGAUGGUUGAUCUCAUAGUGUCCCAUUCUAGUCUUGUUGAAUAUUAUCAGUCUCUUACUUCUGUUGUUAUGUGAAGGAAAAAGAAAUGGAAAAAUGAUUACCUACUUUGGGAAUGAUC